CUCUCUCUCUCUAAAAUCGCAUGAACCCUAAUCUUGACAUGGAAACCAUCGUCGGCAAGAGAAGUUCAACCUUGGCCAUGCACAAACAGUCAAGAACAAUAUCGAAAUCGAAGCCCAAAAUACGGAUCAUUCACAUAUUUGCUCCAGAGAUCAUAAAGACGGAUGUUGCCAACUUCCGAGAACUCGUCCAAAGACUCACCGGAAAACCGGACGACUCCGACAGCCAUCAACAUAUUCAAAAUCAUCAAAAGGGUCCGAAGAAGAGCCCCAGAGAAGAUCAUGAUCAGCGUCGCCUUCAUCAUCAUCAAGCCCACGCCAUGAACAAAGACCCCGCCUUCGAACGCCUGUUUUACGCAAACGCAGGCGUAGAAGAAGGAAAAGAUUAUGACGACGAGGAAGAUGAUACGAGAACUUGGAAUGGUAAUGGCGAGAGCUCGGGAGGGUUCUUGAACGGCUUGGGAGAUGUAGAUGGGUUUAUUCAUGAACUCGGUGAAUUUCCGUAUUUGCCCUUCGCCAUGGAUCACGCUUCUUCCUCCUCCCAGUUUCAUGGUGUUUUUGCAGAAUCUCAGCAAUUCGCAUGAUUGGAAUUACUUGAUUAGCUACAUAUAUAUUUUCAUUUUGUUUUUGGGUUUGUCGGAUGCUUUCCAUUCUUUGGAUGGAAGAUUUGACCUUUGAGGGUUUGGUAACUCUGGUUUGAUACAGGAUUAGGAGGUUUGACGUUUAUAAUUUAAAUCUAUUAGGA